UGAGAGUGGGUCAUCAGCUGCAGUCAGUCAGGUGUGGUCGGCGGGGAGACUGUCCGACCGCCGGAGCGGAGAGCCAGCGGAGUCCAACCGGGACAGAGCAGUGUCUGUAAACAUGACCCACCGUCCGGGCACCGCGUCGUGACCUGACUCCUUCUGGUGAACCCUCCUCGUGCAAUGAAACAGGGAAGGGGCGACUUUUCGGCCAACCACCAGAGGAACUGAAGGGAUUGAGUCAAAGAAACCUCUGCAGAUGUAACCGCUGCAGUUACAAAAAGAGGAACAUCUCAGUUUCUUUAAAGAACAAAAACAGGGAUGGAGCUGUGAGGAGUUCAGAGAGAUAACUGGAUUUAUGAUCAGUGCAGCAACCACGGGAUGCCAAAUCCAUCUAUCCAGGACCUGCACAUGUGACACCUGAGGAGUGCUGAAGCUGCACUGACACAACUGUGAAGGAGCGGUUGGAAAUCCCCUGCAGGAUUGUCACCGGGUGGGACUGGAACUAAGGUGGAACUAUACUGCCGGUCUCGGCUUUCAAGCAUGAAUCAUAAAUGCAGAGCUCUCGAAGUGCCGCGUACUCUGCUGGCUGCUGUGGUUUCACUUUUAAAAAAAUGUGAACAUCAGAACUGAAACUAGUAUUACUGGAAAUGCCCUCCUUCCUGCAGGGGAAAGCUACCUGUGAUUACUGGACAAACUCUUGAGGCUGAACACAGCGAGCGCUGCAUGUGCACGUGGAGGGAAGGAAGAUCACCUUCUUCCUAUGAAACUGGUUUUACUUGGAAAUUCAACACAAGGCCAUCCAAAUGGCAGGGAAAGACUACAAUCAUCUCUUUAAGCUGCUCAUCAUUGGAGACUCCAAUGUGGGGAAAAGCAGCCUCCUGCUCCGCUUCGCAGACAACUCCUUCUCAGGCAGCUACAUCACCACCAUCGGCGUGGACUUUAAGAUCCGGACGGUGGACAUCGAAGGAGAGCGGGUGAAGCUGCAGAUCUGGGACACGGCGGGGCAGGAGAGGUUUCGAACCAUCACCUCAACGUACUACAGAAACACCCACGGCGUCAUCAUAGUUUACGAUGUGACAAAUCCAGAGUCGUUUGUAAAUGUUAAGAGGUGGCUGAAUGAAAUCUCCCAGAACUGUGAUAAUGUCUGCAAGAUCCUGGUGGGGAACAAAAAUGACGACCCUUCCAGGAAACAGGUGGAUACCCAGGAUGCUAUGCGUUUUGGUGAGUCUGUGGGUGUCCGUGUCUUCGAGACGAGUGCCAAAGAGAACAUAAACGUUGAAGAGAUGUUCAUGGCCUUCACCCACAUGGUGCUCCGGGCCAAGAAGGAGAGUCAGAACAGAGUGGAGAGGGAACGGGAGCGGGAGAAGGACACCGUGAACAUCAACGCCCAGAGAGACCGAGACCGCAGGAAGAGAGGGAAGAAGUGCUGCUGAGACGCCAAAGCCGCUCGCCGCUUCCACCCACAGCAUUCAGCUGAGACUGGAAACUCUGUGCCUUAGAGGACGCUUCACACUGCAGAUAUGAAUGUUAGACUCUGUGGAGCUACAGCACAGCAGGCUGCAGCUCUUACCGAGGGGUCUACAGUCUGCCAGCACUGAAUGCAAGUAGCAGCCAGGAGGUCACAUGACUUAAAGGAUCAUUCUGGUGUUUAUGGUUUGUUUGUUUUUUUCCCUUUAACCCACUCGUUAAUGUCCAUGUGGGUAUGAAAUUUGUGUGGAUGUUAACCAGAGAAAGAAACGUUUUUAUUCCUGUUAACUUUUUUUCUGUGAUGGUUAUUCAUACGAGUAGCUUCAUGAACUCACCUUUAACCACCCCUUUCACACUCUUACACCUGUUUAUGAGGAGGGGCGUGGCAUUUGAUCAGCAGCUUAAUCAGCACCUUUAAAAUUGUCUUCCUGUUCAGCAUCGACUGUAGCAAAGCCAUUAUUUUCUUUUUUGUUCAAAUUAAAUUUCAUUUAUUUUGAAAUCAGAAUUCAAAUUAAACCACAAAACAGGAGGCUGCCUGACACCCGGUAUGGGGGGGGGGGGUCAGGACCUCUUGAGCUGCUUCCUGCUAACCAUCAUAAAUAUAUUAUGGCCUCUUCUUUAGUACCAAUGUCAGAUUAUAAUUUUCAAACAAUCUACUGACAGGAAAUGGCUAAAAAUGAUUUUCAUAAUUUAAUGUAAGUUAAUCAUUUAAACACUGAUUAUUUUUGAUUAUUUUGAAAACAGUCCAAAGAGAUUCAGAUCAUGGUCACAUGCAGCCAAAAAUCCAGCAAAGGGUCACUGAUGUCUUUUCCACCAACAUGGCGCUGGUGCUCUUUGAGAACCCGCCCACCUUUCAGCCCGUUUGGACCGAAUGUUUGAGCAGAACCCGGUUCAUUUCGGUCUGACACCAGUGGGCUCCGGUUCGGGUCCAGGACGUCUGCGGUGCCACCUUUUUGGCAUGAAAGGUUACCUUACAUUAGAGUCCCCUCUGAUCCACAGCUGCAGAGGGAAUCAACCCAAAGAGCAGUUUUAUUUUAAAGCACAUUCUGCUCAUGUCUUUAUUUUUGGAUUAGAGCAGCUUUGCAUGAGUCACAGCUCAAAAUGAUCCUUAUUUAUCUCACACUGGGAUUUGGCUCAUCCUGUCUGAAACAAGCCAAUAGCUCCUCCCCCCCUUUAAGUCAACUUUUUUCUGAUUGGCUGCUCCUCAUAAACAGAUGCCCCCCGUAAUGACCUCAUGACCUUUCCUCACCUGUCCUGAUCAGGAUGUAUUUGUAUGUAGGUUUCAUUUUAGCUUCACUUAAAAUGAAACUGCAGGGAUUUUUUUUUCAGUUUGUUCUGUUUACCUUCUGUUAAAUGUGGGAGAUAAAAGUGAUGUAUUGUUUUGUCUUUAAUGGAAAUUCUCAUAUUUUAAUGGAAAAAAAGGGAGAAGCAUUGAGUAACUCCAGGUCUAUGUUUGCAGUGAACAAACUAAAACAUGCAAAAAAAACACCAGUAUGGUCCUUUAACUUUGGUCUUAAACCACUGUUUAGUUUUGUUUUCUUAAUGCAGAGCAUGUAUUUAACCACUGAAAGGGAAAUGUUUAUUAAAUUGUGACAUUAACAGGUGUGAUGAGUGGACUUCAAACUGUUUGCCUUAUUUCAGCCUGAAUGAGGCCAGUAAUCCCAGCCUACAGAUCGAGCCCAGAACAUUUGUGUUUUAAUGUAAAUCUGCUGCCAAGCAAAUGUGUCCAAAUCCAAAUAAAAGCAAUAAAUA